UCAUUCUUCUACCUCCUUAUCUAUCUCCUCCUCUUCUUCUUUUAGAGAGAGAAAGUGUUUAGAGAGAGAGAGAUGGGGAAUUGCCAGGCUGUGGAUGCUGCAGCACUAGUGAUACAACAUCCGAGUGGGAAGACACAGAGGAUGUAUUGGCCGGUGACUGCUACAGAGGUGAUGAAAAUGAACCCGGGUCACUAUGUUUCUCUCAUAAUUCCGUUGGACAUUUCUGGCGAAGAGAAUUCGGAUGAUAAGACGGUGCGUUACACUCGUGUGAAGCUUCUCCGGCCAAGCGACACUCUUGCUCUUGGCCGAGCCUAUCGGCUCAUCACCUCUCAAGAGGUUAUGAAGGUGUUACGAGCAAAGAAGUACGCGAAAAUGAAGAACCGGCCUGAAUUGGCUGAGAAGUUGCAGAUGAAUAUGGAGAAGCAGAGUUCGAAUCGUGAGGCAGAAGCAAGAGGGUCUGAAUUGGAGAAGACCAGUCAGGCAACGAGACACGAAAGACGCCGGCAAAGAUCAGGAUCAACAAAUUUUGCUGCAGCAAGGUCAAAAUCAUGGCGUCCCUCCUUACAGAGCAUCUCCGAGGCUGCAAGCUAACGUGCUUCUGUGUGUAACGUCCGCAACAACUCAUGAAAUGUAUAGUGAAUACCCAUUUAGAGAUGCACGUUCAUGAUGGACUUCCAGACCUGGAAAACAGAGAUACAGUAAAUUCAUGGAAGUUGCCACCAAGAUUUCAAACCAUCAUCGACCACAACUUGAGUAUUUGAACCACUUCUAAUAAGACAAUUUCUGUAUAGCUAAGGAAACAGCAAUGGAUAAUCCGGCAAUGUUUUCGUGACAAAUAUUACAUUGCCAAUCUAUGUGUAACUUCCAAGUCUUUCCCCGUGUUUUCAUUGUCGAUGAGCAGAAGAUUAAACAGUAAAUACAACUUGUAAAAUAUAGAAUGUAUGAAAGAGUUGGAGACAA